AUGAAUAACUACAUGCCGAAAAGCUUCGACGAAAUAUUAAUACACCCCAAGGAUAAGCAAACCAUUUUGGACUUUUUCACCAAUUUGAUAAAAUUUAAUAAUGACCCAAUUUUAAGCAGAGAGUUAGAAAGCUGGAGCAGUGCCAAACAGACAGUGGAUGUGCAGAAAUUAAAGAACAUAUGUGUAAUUCUGGGGGCCACGGGAAGUGGGAAAAGUACAUUAAUAAAGUACUUAUGUGACAAAUUAAAUAUGAGAGAGUGCCACUACGAAUCAGAAUCGCAGGAACAUAUCUCUUGGGUUAGAAAGACUAGUGAAGAGAAUGAACAGUACUAUCAUCCGUAUAAUAAUUUCUUACUCUAUUCGAACUGCCAAAUUGGAAAUACAAAAAAGGUAACAAAAAAACAUGGGCAAAAAGAGGAUGAGAAUAAGUGUACGAAAAAGAACAAGGUAUGCAACAUGCUGUUGUGCCACGAAAUUAGUAGUAACAAUAAUAAAAGGAAGAACAAAUAUGAGCACAGAGAAAAUUGGCCAUUACAAAAAAUUAUUAAAACUGAAUCGGGGAAUAGCCACCCAAAUGGCAGAAUGAAUAAAUCCGCACCACUAGAUGUUGAAAGUGGGGUUAAAAAGAAAAUUGUAGCAGAUUUGGUAGAGUGUAGCGACAUAAACGGGAAAAUAACAAGCGUGACGCUCAAAUUGUACAGUAUUUAUAUGAACCUAGUAAAUCACACAAUCAGUGCAAGGAGAAAAACAGGCAGUCCAUUCUGUUUAGAAGGACAGGAGGGUUUUUUCCCCGGUACUGUGUCUAACCAGUUUAACAAAAUUAUACACAAAAAUUACACCGUGGGGAUUAACAUGUGGAAAAAAAUGAACAAGCUAUUAACUUCAGCUGAUAAUUUGAAAAGACACAUUGUGGAACACGAAGAAGAAGCACAUACACUUGAGAAGGAAUUUAUAAUCGAUAUGUUUGUAGAUGGGAAUCAUAGCGAAUACGUAGUUAACAGCAUGCAGUGUUCCUCUAAUUUGCGCGAACAUAUGAGCUCAAACGCAAAGGAAUCGAGCAAUUUAAGCAAAUCAGUGAUGGAUGUUUUAAAAUUGUUUAUUAACCUAAUGGAAGAAGUGAAUGACGAUUUCGCCUUGGCCAAUACGCUCAGGGAAGAAUUAACAGACUUUGUCGAAAGGAAGAACAUGAGACAGAGGACAGAAAAGUUCAUGUCCUAUGGAAGAAGAAACUACUGUGUCAUUAAUGGAAUGGAGGAAAAUGAAAUGCAACGAGGGGAAGUGAACAAUAUGGAUAUUUUUUCCAACGUGUGGAAGGAAGAACUGGGAGAAAAUGCCCCCUCUUCGAUUAUUGACUCACUUGAGGGAGAAGUCAAACAGUUUGUAGAAUCACACAGGGGAAAGCAAAUAAUCCCCCACUUGUUGGAAAGCACAAAUUUAAAGCAAUGUAUAGGGCAACACCAACACAUUAGUAGUGAACUGUGUAAGCGGGAAAAGAUCAUCCGAGCGCUUACUGGUGAAGAAAUACACCACAUUUGGCAACACACCACUUUGCAGACUUACGAUAAUAAUGGAAUGUAUGAUACCAUAUCUCAAACGUGUCACACGAGCACACGUGCGUUGUAUUUAAUGGCACUAAACGAUCAGUUCACACAUUUAAUUAACAAUUUUUAUUUCUUGAAUAAUAUUAAGGGGUUGUCUUUGUGCAAUUGUUUCUUGGGCAGCCAUGUGACCGAGGCAAUGAUUAUUAAUACAACCCUUGUGAGUUACCUAAAGAGACAAGUGGCUAAUGACCUUAUUAGGAAAAAUAACUCCCCGAAGAGGGGAAAUGAGGACAGUGCACCGAUGAGGCCUCCGUUUCCCUCAAAGGUUGUGGGCACAAAAUUGGUUUCGUCAUUCGCCAACUCGAUGGGGAAUAUUCUAACGAAUUGUAACGAGGAUCACCAUGUUGCGUAUACAAAAUUGAGAAGCAUACUUGAGGGGAAGAACAACCCCUUUGAGGAUGAAACUUCCCGUUUUACCCUUCUAAGCAAUUCCAAACAAACGUCUGGGGAUUUUGCCCUUACAGAAAAAGCACAAAAGAGAGUAACCAAUUACUGCAGCGAGCUUUACAAAGUGAACAGCAGGGUGGCGAGCAAGCUAAUUAAGUGUAACGAUUUCAUGGACGAAUUAAUAACCCAUUUGGGCAAAGACAGAGAUGUGCAGGCAAAAAUGCUUUGUGCCCUGAUGGAGGAUAUAGAACUAAACGAUAGUAUGGUGAAGUGGUUCAUACCAAAUUUUCUGAAGAAACAAAUGAGAAGAGUCAUUUCUGGGAGCUGCCUCUACAGGGAAUUUGUCAACAUCGAUCUUAAGAAAAAAAGGGAAGAAGAGAAACAAAAAAAUUACUACGAAGAACAUUUUAUAGGUACUCGUGCGGUCCUGCUGGACGAAUUACCAUUAAUCGAGUUAGAAUACUCAGAAGACUUCCGAGCAAGUUGCGCUAGUACGAUGGAGUUUAUAUUCAACCGAGUCAAUCAUUGUAAACAAGAGUAUAUAAAGUACCUUCGGGAAAACAAACCCGCGGAGGAGUUCCCCAAAUGCUAUGCAAUUCACCCCAUGGUAAUCUUUAUAAAUUCGUAUGAUGAAAUAAGGACCGUCAAUACUUUGCUCGGAAUUGAUAUUAAUAAUUCUUCAUAUGUUUCUUUUGUAAGGUUAAAAAAAAUGAACCCACUAUAUUUGGAGAAAGCCCUGGCAGAACGGUACUACUGUAGGAUGAUCAACCUGAACCGGAACGUGAAAGAGGUUUUGAAAAAAAUGACACAAAACUGCAAUGGAGACAUACGGUCCUGUUGUAACGCGCUGGACUUACUAAAUCGCAUUCCAAAUUUGAAUGAAAUGUCACUGGAAGAAAUUAACAAUAUUUCUCUUCUGUGCCAAAAUGAUGUUUUUUCCUUUGCUAGGAAGGUUCUGUAUAGUGAUCUCAGGCUAGACACAAUUUCGACGGACCCUUUGUCCGCCUCAACCUGUUUCAAUGUAGGUACGAAUUAUUCUAACUGGGAAACCCACAAUAAGGUAAACCAUGGGAGGAUAAGCGAACGCGCAGUUGGGAAUAACUACUCAGCAGUUACUACCAACUAUAUUGAGGAGGCAAAAAAGGAACCCCACAAAAAUACUCUACACACUUCCACAUACAGUUUCGCCUCCCAUACGAAAAUGCCUCUUAGCACCAGCAGUGGCCACCAGACGAAUCGUCUUAACAUGCAAAGUGAGGCAAAGACACAAAAACAUGAUAAAACAUACAGAGAACUUUUCACAGAAUUGGAUGACAAAGCACAUAUGCUGAGCACAACGGAGAAGUUUCAAGUCCUGUCAUUGUUAAAAGAAAAUUAUAUAUAUUUUUACAACAGCUUAUCUGAUAUGGCUAGAUUAUUUUCAAACCUGAGUGCUAUUAAUUACUCCUUUCGUGGGGUCGACUGCUCAAACAUUUUAAUGAGAAAGGGCCAUGAAAACAUGACUGACGAUGUAGCAAGAUUUGUGGAUGACCACUUCAGGUUGACCUACAGAUAUUACAUAAUUUGUAAUGGGAACCCCCAGAAUCCAGUGGACAACGCACCCCCAGCGCAGGAAGGGUUAACUAAUAAGGGCAGAAACAGGCCAGCCUAUUCCGCGCACACCCACGCCCCGUCUACCCAUGGAGUGCCCCCCGCAUGCCACGUGAACACUUUCUUCGCGCUCAAGACCAAUUACAUGAAUAAAUACUAUCACCAUUUUAGCCUAGUCAGGAAGGAAUUAUACGACCGUUACAUCAUGAUUGUGUUGAGGAGGAUAGCGAACCAACCUGUGAAUAAUUCGCAUGAUGUUUCAGCAAGGUACCUUUUUUUCUUAAGGGGGAACUACGAAUUGUUUGCGAGUUUUUUCCCUUGCUACAUUAUGCUGAUUAUACAGCACUGGAAUAGUAUGGGCGAGUCCAAGGACACGGAUGUGCAGGGUCAUGAUUGGGAUCCCCUUUUUGUUUAUGCCCCAGAUGAGCCACCCAACAGUGAUCCGUUUUCCCUUAACAAAUUCUGGGACAUGCUACAUCAUUUCAAACACCGCGGUUCGGGGGGUAAGAAAGCAGAGGAGCAUGCAACGGAGAUUAUUUCAUUUGCGGAAACGUUUAUCACUCCAAAAUUUAUAGCCCUUUUUUUUCCGUCUUAUUUGAAGUACUUAAAGGAGGGGACGAGGCAAAAGCAGAUCAUCCGGAACUUCAUCGGAAAUGAGGCCGUGUCCACCGAAACGUACUUUGAGAUGCGGAACGCACUGCGCCUGCACGAUAUGCAGCUGCACAGCUAUUUCUUCGACUACUGA